AGGACAAGGCAAGAUGGCGGGAGCCGCGUCAAUGGUUUGCCUAGUGCUGCGGGCGCUGGACGUCGCAGCAUGGCUGAUGAGCAUGGGUCCUCUUUUUAUGAUCCUCAGAAUGAUGAAGUCCAGGCCCAAGGUCCGAGCCAUCUCCAACGAAUCAGACACGCCAAGAACACGGGCAGGAUACUCUGACCUGACCUGCUCUCCGUUCCCGGAGGACAACGUCUUCACCUUGUUCGACCUGCACCAGUAUGUUGUCAAGAGAUACGCCGAUCGACCCUGCCUUGGCACCCGCGCGUUCCUGGGCAAGGCCGACAAGGGAGAUCCCGCUAAGGGGCAGCGUUUUCCUCCGGAGAUCUUCGGCGAGACCUCGUGGAUAACGUAUUCUGAAUUCGCCGACAAAGUGAAAGCUUUCGGAAGCGCUCUCCGCGACUUGGGCAUGGUCUCACACCCGGACGUUGACGACUUCGAGAAGGUUCAUGCUCCAUGCACCUUCACCAUCUACGAGAACACCUGCGCUGAUUGGAUGAUCGCUUCCCACGGCUGCUUCUCUCAGUCCUUGGUCUGCACCACAGUCUACGCGACUCUCGGGAUUGAUGCAGUGAUCGCUGCGGUGAACGAGUGUGGGUCGACAACUCUCCUUUGCAACCGCAUGAACGUGAAGGCGCUGGCGGACAAGGCAGGGGAGAUGCCAACCCUGAAGAAUAUCAUCUACACUGAGGACAAGGUCGCGCCCAAGGAUCGUCUCAACAAGCUGAAGCACGACAGGGUCAAAGUCUUCUCCAUGGACGAGAUUAUUGAGAUGGGCAAGAACCAGCCCCGCGAGUCGGUCGCUCCCACCCCCAACAGCAUGGCCGUCAUCAUGUACACCUCUGGCUCCACGGGCAAGCCCAAGGGAGUGUUGAUCACCCACAAGGCUCUUCUCGCCAUGGUGGCUGGACUCGUUCACCACUUCCUCCCCCACAUCAAGCCCGGGCGCGAGGUCUAUGCCGCUUUCCUUCCUCUUGCUCACAUCCUCGAGCUCGCCGCCGAGAACUCUCAGCUGGCCAUCGGCGCUGCCCUCGGCUACUGCGACCCGCGUACGCUCACCAACAGCGGCAGCGAACCGCUGGGAGCGCUGGAGGAGUUCAAGCCGACGCUGAUGGCUGCGGUGCCCAAGAUCUGGGACAUCAUCAAGAAGGGAGCAGAGGCGAAGGCGAAGGCAGCGGGAGGGCUCAAGGCUGCCCUGUUCUCUUAUGCCGUCAAGACUAAGGUAGCAGCGAUGAAGUGGGGCAUCAGCACGCCGCUCUUCGACCUGCUCGUCUUCUCCAAGAUUAAGAAGAUCACCGGAGGCAGGCUCAAGAUCGCCAUCAGUGGAGGAGGACCCAUCGACGAGGAGGUGCAGUCCUUCUGCUCUGCCGCCAUCUGCCCCAUCAUCCAAGGGUACGGCCUCACGGAGACCUGCGGAGGAGGAACUGUCCAGUUCAUCGGCGACACGCGCGUGGGGGUUGUGGGCAUGCCGCUCUCCUCACUGCAAGUGAAGCUCAUUGACGCCAGGACGGAGGACAACACCGAGUACAUCAUGGACAGCAACGGAGUCCCCUACAGGACGACCGACGUCCUCAACGCCAACGGAGAGCCUUGCCUUGGACGCGGAGAGGUCCUCAUCGGCGGCAACGUGGUGACCUCGGGCUACUACAAGAUGCCCAAGGAGACGAAGGAGGCGUAUCUUCCUGGUGGAUACUUCGCUACCGGAGACAUCGGAGAGUGGACCCCCGACGGUUCGCUCAAGAUCGUUGACAGGAAGAAGAACCUGGUGAAGCUCAAGGGAGGAGAGUAUGUUGCCAUCGAGCACAUGGAGAUGAAGUUCAACAACUCCGUCUUCGUGGACGCGCUGGCUGGAGGAAUCCUCGUGUAUGCCGGUGGAGACGUCGACCGUUCGGUCGCCUACGUACAGGUCAACAAGGGCGAGCUGGAGAAAUGGGCCAGGAGCGAGGGGAUCGACCUGCCAUACCAGCAGCUGAUCAACGAUGCUCGGGCGAGGAAGGUCGUGUUCGACUCGCUGGCAGCAGAAGGGAAGAAAGGAGGACUCGGCGACCUUGAGAAGUUGUUCAACGUCACUCUCCUCGACGGGCAGAUGGGUCAGGGACCGGACGCCUGGACCCCGCAGAAUGGCGGGCUGACGGCCACCAACAAGCUGCAGAGGAGGACGGCCAUUAAGUUGAUCGGCCAAGAAAGGUUCGAGAAAGGAAAAGUUGACGCAAGACAGGACUGGAUGAGAAAUUUGAAGUGAAGAGCCCAGGCAUCAAGUGUGUUAGAUUCAUUUGACAGUGUUCUGGUUAAAGAUACCAAAAUCCUUCAUUCACGAUACAAAA